AUGAGCGUCGACGUCGCUGCCAUCCGCGCGGCCUUCGCGGCCUGCAACUUAGACCUGGAAGAAGAUGCCGCCAGCACGUGUGUGUCCAUCUGUACGGAGUUUGAUAUGAGUUCGGACGAUAUGGCGGCGCAAUGGGACGCCUACUCCAUGAACCAGCAGCUUUCUGGCGCGGCAAACUCCGAUGGCCUCGUGGCCUUCCGCUCGCACCUCAAGCAGCAACAGAAUGCCAAAGCCCAGACAACAACACCUGCUACUGCCUCGCAGAAGAGGCGUCAUUCCAAAACACCUGUAGUGAAGCGCGAGGCGGAGAGCCAAGACAAACUCGAGUCGCUGUACAGCGUGAAGUCACCAGAGGGCAAACAUGCGCGCUCCUUCUCCAGCCCUGCAGGUAGCAACAAGGUGCAGCGCAAGGAAGGCAUGUUCUCGCCCUCUUCCAUGCAGUCUCCACCCGGUAGCAGCUACGAAAAGCGCACAGACGCCGGCAAAUCGGUAGCCGACUUCAACGCUCACUUGAGGAAGCAGAUCGAAGGAACUGGAGCUAACACGGGGAAGCCAGUCGACGUGAAGGCUCCAUUUCCAUCCCGAAACCUCGCUCCGAACUCCUCGUACAUGUACACGCCGUUGUUCCAGCGAGCCAUUGCGUUGGAUGAACAGCUUGUCGAGUACGAGGAGCUGGUGAAGGAGACGUUCAAGUUGGAAGCACUCAAGCCAGUUGGAGACCCCUCACCUGCACAAGUGACAGUGGUGGGACGUAUCGUGUGCGAAGCAGCCGAGGGUAAGCUGAACCCCAGCGUCGCUCAAAUUGAAGGAUCCAGAAAGACUUGCGGUGGUCAGCGUGUGCUUCUCGACUUGAGUGCAGUUCCCAAUUUCCAGAUCUUUCCGGGCAAGAUUGUUGCCCUGGAAGGUGUCUUCCCGGAUACCCGCUCGCCACUAGCAGUGAAGAGGUUCCUUGAGCCGAUUCCCGCACCACCUGCGACGUCCUCCCCAGCACGGAUCAGAGAAUUCCAGAGUGAGCACGGGAAGCCUGUUCGUGUCCUCACUGCGUGCGGUCCUUUCACGACCACCAGCAACGUGGACUACCUGCCACUGAACGAUUUGCUACAGAUUGCAAUUGAUCAGAAGCCAGACGUGCUCAUUCUGGUGGGUCCGUUCAUUGAUUCGAUGCACUCAAUGUUCCAAGAUGGACUGGUCAAGUACGACGGCAUGAUGCUAAGUUUCGAAGAGAUCUUCCUGUUCAAAGUGAUGACACUGCUGAACAACGUUCUGUCACAAGACGAGCGGAUUCAGAUUGUGAUUGUUCCGUCGCUGAGAGAUGCCAACCACGAAUACGUGUACCCCCAGCCACCGCUGAACAAAAAGAAAGCAUGUGAAGCAUUCGAGGUUGCUGAGUAUGCAAAGCGCGUCCACUUCAUGUCCAACCCCAGCACGUUCUCAAUCAACGGAGUUGUGUUUGGAACAUCAGCUUUGGACGUCGUUGUACAACUGAGCUCAAACGAGCUUUACAGAGCCCAAAUUCGCGACCAGCACCGACUACUCCGCCUAUGUGAACAAGUUGUUGAUCAACGAAGCUUUUACCCUAUGUUUCCCCCACCUGCGAGCAGUGAGGCACCCAUCGACCUGCGGUAUAGGAAACAGUUCCAAUUCGAGCAGACGCCUGACAUCCUGCUGCUUCCUUCAAUUCUCAACCGCUUUUGUGGGCGCGUGAAAGAUUCCAUCUGCAUUAACCCCGGCCAGCUUUGUAAGGGCGAGUCCGGCGGGACCUUCGCGCAUAUCACCAUUCUCCCCUUGUUCAACGACAAGAUUGAGAGCGCAACCGAUGGCAAGUGUGCCCAUUUCGUUCCGGACCGUACGAUUGUCGAGAUCAGGCGUAUCUAGACAGAAAGAGGAUAGAAAAUAAUCAAACACUGCACCUUUCUUGGUUU